GGUUGAGAUGAGCGCGCAGAGAGUAGCCAGCCACGAGCAGGGUGGUUCAGCCCCUCUCCUCGCCCUCCUACCAUGUCCCUAGUGUUGUGAGAGUCACCGUACACAGCAGAACAUCCCCACCAUGGCGCACUCCACCAUGAACGGCCACAACACCGCCGCCACCACCAGAAGGGUCUACAAAGUGGUGUUGACUGGAGGUAAAUGUUGAUUGCUACGGGAAACAAGGUCCCUGCGGCGGAAAAACAACGGGGCAGUCAAGAUUAUGUACCUUUUUCGAAAACAUGGGAUGGAAGGUGUAUCGGGUGCCAGAGACAGCCACUGUACUGCUGAGUGGUGGCAUCAAGUUUGGGGACCUUUCAGAAGAUGAUGCUGUGAUAUUUCAAGAGAACCUGCUGAAGUCAAUGAUGCAGAUAGAGAACACCUUCUUCUCCCUCGCUGAGACCUGCUCCAAGAACUGCCUGGUGAUCUGUGACCGUGGCACCAUGGACGCCUCUGCCUUCAUCCCCGAGGAGAGGUGGGAGGAGAUAAUGCGUCGUAAUGGCUGGAACCCCGUGGACCUGCGUGACACCCGCUACAACCAGAUCAUCCACAUGGUGUCCGCUGCCAAUGGUGCAGAGGCAUUCUACUCCACCGAGGACCACGCCACCCGCAGUGAGAACCUCUCCCUGGCACGCCACCUGGACAACCGCGCCGCCGAGGCCUGGGUGGGCCACCCUUACUUUGACGUCAUUGACAACUCCACGGAAUUUGACUCAAAGAUACGCCGCAUGAUCAGCGCGGUGUGCCAGAAAUUGGGCAUCGACACUGGUGACCGCCUCAGCUCCAACGCCCGCAAGGUCAAAUUCCUGGUGAAGGGACCCCUGCCGCAGGACUCCGUGUUCCCAAACUUCCAGGAUUUCAAUGUGGAGCACAUCUACCUGCGCACCAACUCCAGGAAAAUGCAAGCCAGACUCAGGAAAAGAGGGAAAAAUGGGCACCACAGCUACACACACACUAUUCGCAAGCCGGAGCAGCUGGGUCAGAUCGUGGAGGUUAAGACCCCCAUAAGCCAGAGGGAUUGGACCAACAUGUCUGCCCAGAUGGAUGAACAUCACCUCAAGAUAUACAAGAAGAGGCGCUGCUUCCUUCACAACAACCAGUACUUCCAGCUGGACAUCUACCAGGAGCCUUGCCAUAAGAGGUGUGAGGGUCUGAUCCUGCUGGAGACGUACACUACUCUGUCAUCAGAGGAGCUGCAGCGUCGUCUUCCUUCCUUCCUCAAGAUAGAGAGUGACGUGACAGGGCGGCCCGAUUACUCCAUGUUCAACCUCAGCCUGCGGGACGAGUGGGGCGUCACCAACAAGUUCUGUGUCAACAUUGCAGUUGCUGCAGACCACAACGAACCAGCGUGUGGAUCCUGCCCAAGCUCAGACCUUGACCUGCACCGCCGCCAACGCCCCGACACGUCCCCCAACUCCACCCUGGCCUCCAUAGCGCCCUACAACCCCAUCCUGCCCUGUGAGAUGGAGAUGAGGAACAAGGAUGGGGAGCUGGUAGUGGGAUCUGCCCCGGCCAACCCUGUGUGUGUGGCAGCCACUCCCAUCCGGAUCACUAAUGGGUUUAAUGCGCCGGAACACUAGUCUCGGUGGAUCUUAGGCUGUGUGGAUGAUGGGAAUAGGAUCUGGGAGGGUUUUGGAUAUUUUGUUACAUGAGGAAGAGGAUCAGGAAAGGUUUAUCAAAUGAGGAAGAGGAUUUAAGUGUUUUUAGUUCAUGACGAAGAGGUUUUUGGUGUCUAUCUCACAGCAAAGGGGAUCCGGCCAUUAUUAUUUGGUGAGGAAGAGGAUCAGGGAGUGCUUAUCAAAUGACAAAAAAGGAUUCAGGCAUUUUAAUCUAGUGACAAAGAGAAUAAGGAGCUUUUAAUCUAACGAGGAAUAGGAUCAAGAGUUUUUGUUUAAAGGGGAACAAGAUAAAGGAGUUUUUAUCUAUGAUUUUUUGGGUUUUAAUCCUAGAGGAAAGAAAUCUGAGAGUUUCUGAAAUGGCAAACAGGAUGGAGGUGGUUUUGUUGAUUGUUGAAGAGAAAUGUAGGAAAGAAGAAUGAAAGAGAGGAAGGAAGGAAUGAAAAGGAGAAUGGAAGGAAGAAAAAGGAGAAUUAAAGAAAGGAAGGAAGGGAAGAAAAGAAGAAUGAAAGAAAGCCAGGCAGGAAGGAAGUAAUAAAAAUGAGAAUAAAGGGAAGGAAGGCAAUAAGGAAGCCAUAAAAAAGAGAAUGAAAGGAAAGAAGGAGUGAAGAAAGAAAAGAAAGAAUAAGUGAAAAGGAGAAUGAAAGAAAGGAAGAUAAUAAGGCAUAAAUGAAGAAUAAAAGGGAGGAACAAAUACAGAAUACUCUAGUUAGGAAUGGACAGAAGAAAUGAGUAAAUAGAUGAAUCAUUAUGCGUAGAAUGAGUGAUAAUAGAAAUGCUAAUGCUGUUAUUAUAUGCAUAAAUUAUUGUGAUAUUGUGCCUAAAUGUAGUGUGUGUGUGUGUUUUAUCAGUUUUUUUUUUAAUGAUAUGUAUGUAUGUAUGUAUGUAUGUCUAUUGUACACAAUCACACACACAUACAUUUUUCCAUUAUCAAAAUAUAUGCAAAAUCUCUCUCUCUCUCUCUCUCUCUCUCUCUCUCUCUCUCUCUCUCUCUCUCUCUCUCUCUCUCUCUCUCUCUCACCAAUACAAACCUUCCCCACAAAUAAACCAGGUAUCAGUGUGUAUGUGUAUAUAAAUAUUUACCCUACUCCCCCUGUGUGUGUGUGUGCAUGUGUGGACAAGUACCCCAGCACUGUAUCUUGUCACAUGUACAGCGGGCUCAUUAAGUAUGUCAGGAAGUGAAGCUAGUGAUAUAUUUUAUAGAAUGUGAUGUCACUUACUGAGCCAACUGUAUUUGUGGUGGUAAUGAUGGGAGUUCAAUUGCAUAUGCUGAUCAACACUUCAGGCUGUGCAAGUGGCUGGAUUUAACCUGACCUAACCUCAGGUGACUUAACCUAACAGAACCAAACACAACUUAACCUCAUCUAACCUAAUCCAGCAUGAAAUUACCUAACCUAGGCUGAAGUAACGUCACCUAUCCUAACAAAACUCAACCUAACUUAGCUUAACAAAACCAAACCUAAAUUAGCCUAACAAAACCAAACCUAACUUAACCUCACCAAACCUCACUUGACCUAAUCUAACUUAACUCAACCUCACUAAAACUAAUGUAGCCUGAAGUGACCUGACCUAACCUCACCUCACCUAACCCAACCUAACCUAGAGUCACUAUAUGAAAGGCUUAAUCAGUUUCUCAAGUACAGGGCAUUACAAGCAGAUGUAAUUAAACUCUAGUACUGCAUCACCAUAUCAUAUCCUUUAUAGUGUAUUUUGCUGCAUUUCUUUGUUCCUGUUUCGGUGUGAUAUGAAGAAAGAUGUGUUAUGUGUUAUGUGUUAUUGUUCUCUUGUGUGUAAAUGUGAUAUUUCCUGCUGUACUGUGCGUCAUGUGGCUUUGCUUUGAAACACGCAGCAAUGUAACCUGUAUUUCCUCCCAGAUCCUUAGCUAAUUGGGGCAGGUGAGGACACAGGGAAACGGGGACACACCAACUGGCACCCCGACACUGCCGCCAACUGAUGCCCACUCACUGACUGGCCUACACAUUCCCUCUGAUCUUGUUAUGAAAUGUGUGACAAACUAAUAUAUUUCUGCCAUCAUGGAAGUGUAAGAUACCAAAUAAAAAUCUGGUUCCUUAUUAUCAAGGGUUAGAGGAGACAUAUUAGUUUAUCAUGGUAUUCAAAACAAGACAGGAGAGUGUAGAGGAAUUAAUGAGUGAGAGAGUGGCAAUGCUUGUGUGUGUUAGUGUGUGUGUUCUGUAUUAGUUCCACAUACUUCAUGACAUACAGUACAGCAAUGUGUUUACUGUGUUACUUAUUGGUGUGGUGUGUAUGAGAGAAGAAUGUAUUACUUCUGUGUGUCUGUGUGUACAAGUGACAAUGAGAUGCGCAUGUGUGAUUAAAAAAUAUAUAUUUGCUCAGAGAAGUAUAGUAUUUAUAGAACAUUACAGACAUAUUUAUUAGUGACAUAUAUUUAUGCAUAUGUAAUCUAUAGUCAUGUGUUUAUUUGAAGCAGAUGUUUGUCAAGUCUCAGUUUGACUUUAUGGUAGAUGAUGGGUGGAAAUGGAACUCAACUGGCUAUCUUGAUCUUUAUUCUUACUUAAGUUUUUUUUGGGGGAUAGGGUAGUUAAGUCAGCUUUUUUUUCUAUGGUUACUUUUAUAUUCUGUUUUUCCUACGACAAUUUUUCUUUAUUUUUUUUUAACAGGGGAAGUUAAAUCUUUUUUAAUCUAUUUUCCAUUCUUUAACUUUUUUUUUGAGAAGGCAACUUUUAGUCUUUUCUGUCUGGCCACUUUUUCUUUGUUUUGCUUUUGAAUUCUUUCCUUGAUUUCUUUGGGGGGGAAGAAAAUUAAGUAAGGUUUUUUUCAUCUUUUGUUUUCUUUUUCCCAGGCCACUUUUUUUUUAUUUUCUUUAACUUUUCAUAGAAACAAAUUGUAUGUUUUCUUAUUUUUUUUUCCUUCCUCCCCCCUCUCUCUCUCUCCAGCCAGUUUUCUAAAAUGUAAUAUGAAAAAUAGACUACACUCAGCCCAUCACAUGAAUAACAGUGUGUAUAUACAUCAAAAAACAUGAAACAGUACAUCUUUUACAAAUUUGAAGCUAUAUUUUUUAUUCAUAUUUACCUACAUAUUUCUUUCUUUUCAGUAUCCAUACGAGGCAAACAGUAUGCAUGAUCGAAUAAGUGGAAAGUAAAUUAUAUACAUGCAGUACUGUCGACUUGUAUAAUGAACGGUUUUAUUUAAUUGUUUAUUUCAUUCUAUUUAUUUAUUUAUUUAUUUUAUUUAAUUCUAUUUUUUCAAGCAGAGAUGACCACCAGUGUUCAGAAAACCCACACUGGACCAACAAGACACAUGGUACUUAAUAUUUAAACCAACACUUCAAUACCUCAUCACAAUACAGUGCCAUUAUAAUAUUAAAAAAAAAAAAAAAAAAAAGGAAUGUACUUUAUCAAGAUUUCAAAUACUUUCUGAUCUGUUGCAUUAAUAAAGCCACAAAUCUUAACUAA